CUACGGCGCGGACACAGCGGAAGUUUAGACGGUUGCUGUGGGUGAAUACUGACAGCAUCGCAGCGCACAAGAAAACACUCUCCCCCUAAGUCAACCCAUUCUCCCUUUCCCUCACCCAUGGCGUCCAAUUCUGAUAUAGAUAUAGAAGGUGCCACCCAGCAUCUCCGGGACAUCCUCAAGCUCGACCGUCCCGGAAACGGCACUGAUGUACAGUCAAGUGACGGUCAACGAAAACCAUCCUUUAAUGGAGAGCUCAACGGGUUAUUGGGAGCAGGCCUUUUAGGAAGCACGGAUCUGCCAACAAUGUCUGAAUCCAGCAGACCCAUUUCCACAGACAUUAGCAACUCUCAGGAGAGUCAGAUUAUCUGUCUCUCUGGUGACGAUGGUUCCACUUGUAUCCCUAUUAUCUCCAACAAUGUGGAGAUUGUGGCGAGUCAAGACUCUAGCAUCAAAAGCAAAGCCCGAGGCAGCAACAAGGUAAAGAUUCAACCUGUUGCUAAGUAUGACUGGGAACACAAGUAUUAUUAUGGGAGACUGAUUGCUGUAUCCAACUCUUUUUUGGCCUAUGCCAUUAGAGGAGCCAACAAUCAUGCUAUGAUUCGGGUCUUGAGUCUGGGGUCUGCUGAGCGAUCCCUACUGAAGGGGUUCACUGGUGCAGUCACAGAUUUGGCUUUCGCUCACCUUGACUCCUCCCUGCUCGGCUGUGUAGAUGAAGCAGGGAACCUCAUGGUCUGGCAGCUCACUUGCACUGAAAGCAAAAUACUAGAUCAGAUAGUAAUUCAUAUUAGACAACCAGAAGACACUCCACUGAACUCUCAUCGUCGUCUCAUCUGGUGCCCAUACAUCCUGGAUGAUAAUGAAGAGAAUCAGGAUGACACCAGCCAGACUUUGGCCCUUUUACAUGAAGACAGGGCAGAGGUUUGGGACCUUGAAGUCCUAAGAACCAACAACAGCAGUUGGCCAGUUGAUGCCACAGAACUGAAAGAAGGUCUCAUCACAAUCAAGGGGCACACACAGCGGGUCAGUGAAGGGGCCCUGUCUCCAGAUGGAACUGUGUUAGCCACAGCUAGCCAUGAUGGAUACAUCAAGUUCUGGCAGAUAUACAUAGAGGGGGGACAGGACAAACCCAGAUGCCUUCACGAGUUGCGCCCUCAUGGAGGAUGUCCCCUAUCCUGCCUUCUUUUCUGUGACAACCACAAGAGGCAGGAUCCAGAUGUUCCUUUCUGGCGGUUCCUUAUAACUGGAGCAGAUCAGAAUCAGGAGUUGAAGAUGUGGUGUACUGUUUCUUGGACCUGUUUACAGACUAUCAGGUUUUCUCCAGAUCCAUUCAACUCCACAGCUCUGCCAAGUCUGAAAGCCAGUCUGGAUCUUUCUGCUGAGUACCUCAUUCUCACGGAUGUGCAGAGAAAGGUUCUGUAUGUGAUGGAGCUGCGACAGGACCUAGAGAAAGGAAAGGCCAGUUUUACUGCUGUGUCAGAGUUCCUGCUGACACAUCCUGUGCUCAGCUUUGGUGUCCGGGAUGUCACAACAAGCCGAUUGCGACACACCGAGGUCCUCCCUGCAGAGGAGGAGAGUGAGAGCAUGACGACAGAGGGCACUCAAGGACCAACAGAGUCCAAAUCUGGGAUACAGAUUAAACUCUACUGUGUUCACACCAAGAGCCUGCAGGAUGUCCAGAUCUGGUUCCAGCCCAAUGUGGGUUCCAGCUCUGUAGCCUGCCUGCCUCACUCGGAUUCUCAUGACGGUUUAGCUGGGUUGUCAGAUCAUCUCACUGACCAGAGCUCUGACAAGGAGUCAGGAAGUGGCUCUCAGACGGACCUUAGGAAGAUUCCAUGUCUUCCUGCUCCUGCUGAUUUUCUCUCAAACUCUGCCCCCAUCAGUGGGCCGAUGCCUAAGUUGAUGACUCCUGAUGCCUUCAUGACACCAAGUUCGGUCCCAGCCUCACCAGGCAGCAGCGCCAGUAGUCUCACCAUUGUAACAGCCAUCAGUAGUAACUCUGACUCAACUAACAGAGCUAUAGAUGAUGUUACUCAGAGUCCAAAUAGACUGGACAACAGCAGUAGUUGCAGUUUGGCACUUUCUGCCUCCACUAGCAGCCCAAGAGUUGCUUCUGCUGUACUCUUGCCUGGACUGGAGAACCUACAGGUGUUGGUUCCUAGCAGCCCUCUUACACUUGAAAACCCUCAGGUCCUGGACUCUCCCCUCCUGCCACAUCUCUCCUCUCCAACCAGGGCCCGCUCCCCUGAUGUCAUCUCUUCAGCCUCUACAGCUAUGUCCCAGGACACACUGCAGCUUCAGCGCGGGUUGGUGUCCAGUUUGGAACCCAUACAACUUUCUGCUCUCCAGACAGACAGUAUGGCCUCUGCUGCCUCUGCUCUUCACCUGCUCACUUCACCACGUGCAGUCAACAACAGCCUGUUGCCUCUUGAGCUUGGAGGUGCAGAUGGGGCAGUGGGUGGGGUAGUGGAGUCAGAGCCUAGACUCAGCCACACACCAUCUCUGCUUGAGAAUGCCUUAUCGCAGGAGAGCCCUGGGGUGGGAGGAGGGUCCUCAGAUGGGAGUAUUGGCCACACACCUUGGCCAGCUGCACCCGAUAUUACCAGAGAAACCAGGAACAGUCUCAGGGACAACGGCCUUGGAGACUGUUCAAGAGAGGAGCCAAAGGACAGACACAUGAGCUCACCAUACCAUCGACGUUCAUAUCACCUGACACAGAAUGAAAGUCAGGAUGCUGUUGCAGAGCAGAGUGAUCCUGAUGAUGAGGUGGCAAGCCUGGCGUCCUCCACAGGGAACUGUGGCGCUCGCUCUGCACACAGACUUCCAGUCAAGGAUUGGAAGACCUCACCACGAGGUUCGCCGAAGCUCAAGAGGAAGAGCAAGAAAGACGACAGUGAAUUAACUCGGUUACGACAAAUGGACUCAAGUCAGAUGAGCACAGAAGCACAGGACGAGCUGUUGAUUCUCCUGCGCAGCCAGCAGAGGGAGUUAAAUGAGCUGCGUGUACAGAUUGAAGCCAUGCAGAGCUCCAUUGUAGCUCAGGUGGAGCAUGUCCUCACUAACCACCAGGAGCAAGAGCAGCGCAGACUAGAACGAGUUCUGGCAGAGCGUCAGAAUCACCAGCAGCAGCUUCAUGAACACCUCAGCCAGCAGCUCAGCCAAGCCCUCAACUCGGCCCUCACUAACAGAAUGGACAAAGUGCUACGGGAGGAGAUCAAGAAAACAGUACCACAGACAAUCUCCAAAAGUCUGGAGCCUGUGACAGGCCAACUGAGCAACACAAUUGCUUCUAAGCUGACUGCUGUGGAAGUCACCCUGAAGGACAAUGUCACCAAAGUGGUCAAAUCCAAGAAUACAACAGAUGCAAUUGGUCGAGCAGCAGCUGAAGCGAUGCAAGGCCCCAUCCAGGCAGCCUAUAAAGAUGCAUUCCAGAGCAUCGUGCUGCCUGUUUUUGAGAGAGGCUGUCAGUCCAUGUUUCAGCAAAUCAAUGACAGCUUCAAGCAAGGAACACAAGAAUACAUCCAGCAGCUUGAGACCCAUCUUAAGAACAGAAGGCAGAGGGAGCAGGACACACGAGACCCCGUGAUCAGCCAGCUCCAGCAAAUGAUCGACAGCUUCCAAAGCUCCACUGAUCAGCUGGCCAAUAACAUCACAGCUACUGUCCGGGCAGAGGUCCAGAACCAGGUCCAGCUGAUGGUGGGAAAUUUGCAGGAGUCUAUUCUUAGUCAUGUGCAGAAAAUUGUCAAAGGAGAGGUGAGCCUGGCAAUGAAGGAGCAGCAGGCAGUGGUCACCUCCAGCAUCAUGCAGGCGAUGAGGUCAGCGGCUGGCACGCCCGUUCCCACUGCUCACCUAGACUACCAGACACAGCAGGCCAACAUCCUGCAGCUCCUCCAGCAGGGCCAGCUCAACCAGGCCUUCCAGCAGGCGCUGUCAGCAACCGAUUUGAACUUGGUCUUGUAUGUGUGUGAGACCAUCGACUCUCAGCAGGUGUUUGGUCAACACCCCUGUCCCCUCAGCCAACCCGUGUUGCUGUCACUCAUCCAGCAACUCUCCUCCAACCUCACAACCCGCUCUGAGCUCAAGAUCAGCUACCUUGAGGAUGCAGUGAUGAACUUGGACCACAGCGACCCCCUGACCAGAGAUCACAUGUCGUCCGUGUUGGCUCAGGUUAGACCAAAACUCCUGGUCUUCCUGCAGCAGGACCCGCACAGCCCAGUCAACAAGAGGGCGCGGCGCCUGGUGAUGAUGCUGCAGGGCCUCGUCAACCACUAGACCGUGAUGUUGAAGUCUGGUGCGGAGGUGUUGUUUCCCUCUAGACAUGUCUCAAACCCAUUUUUGUUAAGCGUGAACAGUUCCUUGGAGCUAGAGGAUGAGGUGAUGCUGUCCCUCCACAGUUCUAAACCAGCUUUUCUCCCCAUUUGUUUCUUCUCAUUCUUAUUGCACCAGUGAAGUGUCAAAUUACGAAAUGGACUGUUUUUGUUUGUUCCUGGACACGCUGUCAAUGGAAAAUUGCGAUUAUCCGAACAGAACAGAUUGAUAUUUCCUGUUAAUGAUGUUCUCUGAAGAUUGUUCUGGUCUUCGUUACUGCUGCUGCUUCUCCCAGCAUUCUGCUAACUCACCCUCUUCUCCCCACAAGAAGCUAAAGACUGUUUCAGACAUGACAAUGGAGAUCUCCAUCAUCCUGGUGGCUCCCAUCUCCUGGACACAUGAUACCUGCCACACAGUUAAAGUCGUGUCAUUGAAUUAUGCAUCAAACUCAAAGAAUGUCCAGCCGAGUGGUCCACAGGACCAAACACUGCUGUUCCUGUUGGGUUCCUCUUACCUGUCAAUAGAACGCGUUGAGUUCUGAGACGAGCUGUGAUGCCUGAGCAACAGAAGGAACAAAAGUAUGCCUUGUGUGUUGCCUUAAGAACAAACAGCAGGCCUGGACACAUUUUUUUUUCUUGGAAUUCAGUUGCCACAAGAUUACAAAACCAGGGUUCAGGUUUUUUAUUUUAAUUAGGUCAACCCAAUCCCAGCAACAAGAAGCAUGAAACAUCCAAGGCUGUUGCUGCCUUCUUUUCUUUUGCAUUUCUUGAAUAGGUUGAAGGCAACAACCUUCCCAGGCCAAAUAUUUUUUAGUGAGGAGUGGGUUUGCUGAAAGUUCCUAGAACGAGCUUGUGCAUUAAAAGUGCAGGACAAGAAGCUCUUUGUGUUAUUCAGCUUGAUAUUGUUUACACUAAUCAC